UGCAUGCGCAGACGGAGUUUUAGCCGUGCGAUAUUGUAGUACUUUGUGUAACAGCUGCUUUGUGUUACAGAAGUGUAAAUAAAAAAAAGUAUAGUUUGAGAUAAAACCAAAACCCAUGGCACUUAGAAAAUGUUGGAGGAUUACUGCUUUUGUCCCACGACUUUUAUGGAAAAGUCCCGUCCAGCCCGAGGUUUCUGUGACUGGAGGACGAAGCUCUGUGUCCUACUAUGUCAACACUCAUCAAGGUUUCAAAAGCACAGAGUUGCAGCUCCGCAGCUUCAGUUCAGAACCACCCUCCACAGAUGUGACUUACGAGCAGCUGAAACAGGUCUUGGCCGACCGGAAAGCUGUAGUAAUAGAUGUCCGGGAGCCCUGGGAGCUCAGGGAGUACGGCUUCAUCCCCGGCGCAGUUAAUGUGCCCUUGGGACAAGUGAACACUGCCCUCCAGCUGGAUCCAGAGGAGUUCAGAGAGAAGUUCGGUGGUGAAAUGCCCCGACAGACAGAUAACAUCGUGUUCACUUGUCUGGCGGGGAUCAGAAGCAAGACUGCACUCGAUACAGCCACCUCACUGGGAUAUAAAGUCGUUCAGCAUUACCCUGGUGGAUGGCAAGAUUGGGUGAAACGUGAACAAAAUAAGUGAUCAAGGACUUUGGAACUGAAAAGAGCUGAAACAGACGUGGGACAAAUGAAAGAGAAAACCAACAUAAGGUAUUUGGCAACCACAUGCUGCCAAAGUAGCUUCAUUGUACCUUGGCAUUAGUUCUGCUGAAAGGAUGAAUCUACAUUAUUACAAAUGAUAUUUCCUCAUUAGAUGAUGGUGAUGGAGAGUGCUGUCCAAAACAGUCAGUUCAAAGUUUCCAUUGGUUUAAACCAGGCUGAGACCUUGUGACUUUGAAGUCCUACAGAAAUGAUUCAGCUUAUUUUUAUGCUCAUCAGAACAAUCUGAUCCCUUAUUUCCUGUUGUUGGGGUUAUUAGUCAUGUUUUCAUCCAUUUUGACAUUUUUAAGUUUGAACAUUUAAAGGAAAACAAAAUCUCCAAUUUGCAAAGUUUUUGCAUGGAAGUGGAAGUUUUGACCGUAAAAAAAAAGAGAAGUGGUACAUCUUUGUAUUCUCAGUACAGUGCAAUACACAUUCAUGGGUUUUUACAUAGGAUGUAGUGGGAGCUGCACUCUGUUUCCAAACCCGUUCAUGUGUUUAGUUGUUUGUGUGUGCUAAGUAGGGCGCAGCACAAGGUUAGUGUGCCGUCACUGUGCUCUGGGUGGAAUUAAUAUAACUUUGACUUGGACGCAGUACUUUGAUUACUCAUUAGCACGUCCAGUUGGGAGGAAUCUGACAGAUCCCAACACCAAACCCAGCUCAGAUAAAUGACCAGAUGUUGUACAGUGAUGGCUCUCUUGUUUGUUAGUCUACAUGCCUGUUCCUGUGUUUAUGAGGAUACAUGAACCCACCCCACUUAAAAUGUCUCAGAUGCUGUUUUAGCACUCAUCCUCUCACAGUUUGACAGCUCCACCCUUUAUCCCAGUCUGAAACAGGUAACUCAACACUUCCUUUACAGGUUUUUGGUGAACUCACCGUCUGCAGCAAACUUGCUGCAUGUACUUCUCUUCCCCUGUCCAUCUUUACCCCCACCACGAGUGCAGUACAUACCACAUCCUAUGCAAAAGCCCCUUUAACCUGGUGUCUCAGGUGUGCUAGAUUCACUGCAGUUUUCUAAUUAAGCUGCUUGAGAAAAUGGCACCACAACACCGUAGUAACAGCUGAGCAAGAGGUAAUACAGGAAGUACAGUGUGCAGAAACAAACUUUACCUUCACAGUUUGAAACUUCUUUAAUUUUUUAAAGGGUUUUCUAACUUUUCUACCUUCCUGUAGUUUUGAUAGUCAUAAAACAGCCAUUGAGAAUCCUGUCUGACAUGAAACACAUUACUCACAUGGUUGAACUCAUGAAUGAUCUGUUGUUUCUGCUUCUGGAGCGUAAACACAGUCAUGGCUUUCAAACAGGAAAUAAUUUACUCAACAUAACCUACUAAAAAGAAUCCUUAAUUACCUCAUAUCAGCUUUUUAUUCAUAUAUUGCCAAGGUCGCUGAGUUUGUUACUAUCUUCUACAAAGAUUUCUUUCUUUUCAGUGUGUAAUGUUUAUUAGAGCCACAUGUAAUAUAUCCAUAUAUAUAUAGCCAAUAUGCAAUAACACUGCACAGCCUUGUCAGUGUGUUCACUUCAAACCAGCCAUUUAGUAGAAAUUAUGCACAUUUUCUAUGAAGGAACAUUUCCAAAGUUUGAUUCAAAGUCAUUUUCAUAGAAUUAAGCCACAGAAAUGUUUCAUUAUAACAUAAAAGUUGUUGAUUUGUCGGGAUCUUUUCCCAUCAGGAUGCAAGAGAACAAAAACAAUACCUGAAAAAUGGCCCCCAAAGCAUCACAAACAGGUCCGAUCUCCUCCAUGUGGUGGUUGGGGGACCCAGUUUUCAUUUAAAUUGUCACCUGUUUGUAUAGUUGAAAGAUCUUUCUUUUUUUUAUUACCCGAGACUGGACAGUAGAGGAUGUAACAAUUGGUUUAUUCUAUUUGCUUUUUCUUUCUUUUCUUUUUAAGUUGAGAUUAAAUGUUUAGACUUUCCCAAAGAGAAAAACCAGAGGGCUCAACAAAUGUAUGUUUGCGACUGAAAACAAUAUUACUUGAAGUGACUUGUAAAUUUCUUUUACCAGAAAACAAUAAAACUUUUAGCCAUUUUUAAAAUAUAACCUGCUACAUCUGUGUACUAACUUAUAGAAACUGCAGGAGAUUUUACUUCCACUCAGUCUAUGCAAAUGAAUAAAUGUGUUUGUGAUUGUGAGAUAAUGAAUCUUCCGCUGCAUGAUGUGACCCAUUUUAGCAUCACUGUACUGUAAAUACCAAAUAGCUUAACAGCAUAGUUGUUGCCAAAAUAAUUUAUUAAAUAAAGUUAUUGUUUUGAUUAACAACAAAA